UUGCUAAAUUUGUUCGUUAAACAUCAAUGAAAAUGAACAUGUAAUAACUUUGAUUUUAUUUAUUAGUUUCUAUUUAUGACAAGCGCUAACAAAUGUAUUUAUGCAUUUAGAUGAGUAAUCCCACUGUGGAACAAGUGCAUACACUCCUAACAUUCCUAGCAAAGCACCAGGAGUUAGCUCGUGGCCACUGUAGAAAUGCAGAAGGGCGAACAAGAUCCACCCAAUUAUGGGUUCGUCUCACAGACGAACUCAAUGCAUUGGGUGGAUGCACUAAAACUGUAAAGCAGUGGCAGAAGGUAUGGGCUGACAAAAAAUAUCUAACUAAAAAAGCUGCUACUGCUGCUCGAAGGUCUGCCACAGCCACUGGGGUAGGGCCAUCAUCGGCUGAUCCUUUAAACCCAAUACAGUGCAGAAUAUUGGGUAUUAUGGGAGAGGGCUUUGGAGAACCUCAGUCGGAUGCACAUGUUUCUGCAUUUCCAGAGAACUUCAACGGCUACUACACGUCCAGAGCGACGACGCCGUCGAGCAGACGCCAUUGGACCUCGCAGUGUACGCAGGCGUUUGUUCAAAAUGGAGGAGCGGCGAAUCGCAGCGGAGGAUAG